GGGCGGGGAAGCUUCGGGCGGAAUAACCGCCAGGCUGACGUCACAUCCGAGGAAGGCGCUGGCCUGGAGCUGUCAUGGCCGCCACUGCUGUCGCCAGGGUCGCCGCCUCAAGAGGAAAGCACGUCUUCUUCCUGCGCAAUGCCAUGCGAACGUUUGCCUCACAAACGGAGGGGGAGGUCCGAGUGGCACAAAUCCUCAAGGAGAAGUUUCCGCAGGCCGCUGCUAUCAAGGUAGUCGAUAUUUCAGGUGGCUGUGGAGCAAUGUAUGAAAUCCAUAUAGAAUCCAAAGACUUUAAGGAAAAGAGAACCGUGCAGCAGCAUCAAAUGGUCAAUGAGGCUCUCAGUGAAGAAAUCAAGUCCAUGCAUGGACUACGGAUAUUCACCUCAGUCCCCAAGCAGACCAGCUAGGAUCCCCUGCUGCCAUGAUAGUCUGCGGAUUUUGGGGUUUGUUGGGUGUUGAGGGAGAGGCUUAGGAUGAAGCCAGAAGCCUCCAUUGACCCACACUUGGCUUCUUUUCCUCUGCAUUGCAGCCACAAUACACACACAUACGAAGCUACAAUGUAAGGUCUCCCAAAACACCAAUGCCUUAACUGCAUCCGUUCGUUAUUUUGUCCCAAGGACUGCAAUGGGAGAACCCCUUUUGUGCAAAUGGGACUGAAUCCAGGAAGAGGAUCCAUAUAUAGUCCAGAAAGUCAAGCAAGGGUUUUUUUUAAAGGCAAAAGUGAGCGAUGGAACAGAUUAAAAUUAUGGAUCAAACAUACUGCCUAUUCCUUGAUAGAGAGCCACAAAUAAGAGAGGGAAGAUGCAAUAAUAGGGCUUGGAAAGGAGUGCCAUUCUCACAGAAUGAAUAAAUAAAUUUAUUCUCACAGAAUAAA